AUGGCCGACGUCAUCGAAUCUCCAAAACCCGACACUACGAAAACUAUGCCUACAGCUAACGACACAAAACCCCGUGUGAACGGAAUAAAACCCGUGCAGAGGACAUAUAGCAUCGUAGAUCAAGAUGGUGUUCCGUCAGAACUGGUUACCGGACCGUCACCGCGGCGGAAGGCUAUUCGAUGGGCACCGCUGGUGAUACCGAUCCGUCGACGAUUGGAGACGCUCGUUGUGGUUAUAUUUCAAUUGGCUGGAUUGAUUGCCCUAGCCAUGUUUUGGUUUACGGCGGCGAAUCCGUUGACUUGGCCUUUACUGGUUCCCUACCUAAUUUACUUGACUUUAACGCCUCCUCCAUCCGACAAACCACCAUCGAAUUUCUUGUCGCCUAUUAUUCGCAACAAAAGGUUCUGGUCGUACUUCUGCACUUACUUUCCCAUGCGUCUGCAUCGUUCUGUCGAAUUGUCACCAGAGGAAAACUAUAUUUUCGGCUUCCACCCUCAUGGAAUCAUCAGUCACGGCGCUUGGGGUAGCUUUGUUACAAAAACGACUGGGUGGGACGAAUUAUUCCCAGGAAUCAGCAACACUUUAUUGACGCUCGAAAGUAACUUCCGACUCCCAUUCUACCGUGAAUAUUUAAUCGGCAUGGGCUUGGGAAGUGUUAGUAGGAAGAGUUGUGAAGGUUUACUCGGUGGUGUCCCCGGUGAAGUUAGUGAAGCCGAUGUUCACCUGACAAUUUGGGAUCGUGCGCCGAAGGUUUUCAGAAAACGAAAGGGGUUUGUGAGUGGAAGUGCUACGCCUCUUGCUGCGUCGACAACGGUUAUGAAUGGUACACAACCGAAUGGUCGCAUAGUCUUGGACGGGGAGAAACCGGCGAUGAAGAAGGGACAGGGGAUCACGAUUGUUAUCGGGGGCGCACAGGAAUCUUUGUUCGCGAAGCCCGGGAACAUGACGUUGAAGAUGAGGAAGGGUUUCUUGAGAGUCGCUGUCAGAACGGGGGCUCAUUUGGUGCCUGUGCUAAGUUUUGGUGAAAAUGAUUUGUUCGAUCAGCUUAUCCCAGAAAAGACGAGCUGGGUGCAUAAAUUCCAAAUCCUGGUGAAGAAGGUGUUCGGAUUUACAAUCCCACUUUUCCAUGCUAGAGGUAUCUUCAAUUAUGAUGUUGGGCUGGUACCAUACAGGGUCCCGGUUAAUACUGUCGUUGGGAGACCAAUCAAAACCAUUCAGUCGCCAGACCCGAGAGAUGAUUACAUCGAUGAACUGCAGGACCUGUAUUGUGAGGAGUUGGAAAGACUAUGGGAAGAGCAUAAGGAUAAGUUCGCACCAAGACGAAGAGCAGAGAUGAGAAUUAUUCGGUAG